AUGGAGCACCAUAUGUCCCUCAUCGUGGGAAGUGAUUGGUUAGGUGUUCUCACUGCCCAAGUGUGGUUUGUAACUGCCGGACUUAAGGAUGAAAACGUAGCUCUUUUGAAGGUUGUCAAUGGGUCCUAUAAGUUUAACUCACUUAACUGCGAAGUCACCGCUCCAGAAAUUGUCUAUUUAAAGGAGUGCCGCAUCAAGGCUAUUGACCGAAAGCAUAACAAGUUGAACGUAACAGUUGUUUUAAAAGAAGACAUAACCCAGAUUGACCUGAAUUUUAGAAUCGUAAAGCGAGAAAUUGGCGGUUGGCAUCCCUUUUUUUACAAUAUCAGAAUGGAGGUUUGCGAGUUUUUUAGGAACCGAAGGAAGUUUUUCAUUGCCAAUUAUAUGUAUUCCAUUAUGAGGCCUUUCUCAAAUAUCAAUCACACCUGUCCAUAUGUGGCUAACGAAGAGAUUUCAAUUAAAAAUUUUUCUCCAAGUGAAGAUACAAUUCUGGCAAAAUUUCCAGUGGACUACGGCCAGUAUGGCCUUCAAUCAGUUUUUUACGUUCGCAAUGCGGUGGCAUUUAAAGUAAAUGGAUCUGUUUUAUUUUUCAGAUAA